CCUCGAUUAUAUGAGAAAACUGACGGGGAUUUCUUUUUAAGUUCAUACGCACUGAUUCACCACCGUCGCAAUGGGCAAACGAAAGGCAGAAUCCGAGGUCGCAUCCGUCAAGGAUAUGGGUGCGAAGAAGAUUAAGCAAGAAAUCGCCAAGCAACCGAAAGUUGAAGCAAAUCAGAAUCUUCUGGAUAGCGAUUCGAGCGGGGAUGAGGAAUCCGACUCUGGCGGCGUGCCUCUAGAAGCGGAGUUCACUGUCAAUAAAGAAUAUGCGAGACGCUUCGAAUACAAUAAAAAGAGAGAAGAACUGGCAAAGCUUGAGGAAAAGUACCAAAAGGACAAGGCGAAGCCGAUCAAGGGCCAGUACGGAGACAAAUACGAUGAGGAGGAGGACAGCUCAUCCGACGAGGAUGAAGAUGACGAAGGCUUCCUUGCCACCGAAGAUUUGGACGCCGAAAUCUCAGCCACUCUUCAAGCUAUUCGCAACAAGGACCCCAGAGUCUACGAUGAGAAGGUUACAUUCUAUGCGCCAAUCGACGAGACUGCACAGGAUGGGCCGAAUGCGAAGGCUGAGAAGCCAGUAUAUCUGAGAGAUUACCACCGCGAGAAUCUGCUGAAGGAGGCGGCGAAUGGUGAUGCUGGUGAUGUGGAGAUGGAUGAUGGGCCGCUGCCUACAUUCAACCAAGAGCAAGCGAUGCUUAAGAAGUCCAUCGUCAAGGCUAUGCACGAAGCUGGGUCGGAUGAGGAUGAGGACGAAGAUGAAGACUUUUUGGUCCCGAAAGCGAAGCCAGCAACGGCCGUCAAAUCAGAAGUACACGAGUCUCGCCGACACAAGAUUAAGCUAGACACCGUGGGUGCCGACAAAGACCCAGAGACCUUCCUCUCGAAUUUCCUGGCUGCUAGAGCGUGGGUUCCAGGAGAAGGAACAAAAUGGGAGCCGUUGGAGUCGGAUGACGACGAAGACGAUCAGCGCGCCGACAAGUUUGAGACGGCUUUCAACCUGCGGUUCGAGGAUCCAAAGGCUAGCAACGAGGUUCUGAAGUCUUUUGCCCGUGACAUCAUCGCGAAAAAGUCUGUGAGGAGAGAAGAGCCAAAGCCUAGGAAGAGAGCGAGAGACUUGGAGCGCGAGAAGCGAGACGCAGAGAAGCUGAAGCGCGAGGAUGAGAAAGCGCGCCUGAGGAAGCUGCAGAUCGAUCAGAUGGAGGAGAAGCUGGCAAAGAUCAAGAAGGCGGCUGGUGUCAGUGGCAAGACUCUCAAGAGCGAAGAGUGGACAAAGUUCCUUGGCGAGGGCUUCGACGAUGCUACUUGGGAAGCGGAGAUGAACAAGAAAUUCGGAGAAGAUUACUACGCUGAAGGAGAGGCCGGGUCAGACGACGACAGUGAAGAUGGUGAGGCUGGCGCUUCUAAGAAGAAGAAGAAGGUCAAGAAGCCCAAGUGGGACGAUGAUAUUGACAUCAAUGAUAUCAUCCCUGAAUUCGUGGAUGACGAAGAGGCUGUUGAAGGGGAAGGCUUCAAGUUAUCUGACAACGACGAAGACGACGAAAGCCAACCAGCGAAGAAGGGCAAGACAAGCAAAGACCGUAAGGCAGACCUCCAGGCAAAGAAAAAGGCCGGCCGCAUCGAGCGCAAGAAGAUCGAAGAGCUUGUCGACGCCAAGCUUGACAUUGACCAUGCAAUCCUCCCCACGAAGUCAAAGACAGCAUCAACCUUCCGUUACCGCGAGACUUCGCCCACGUCUUUCGGUCUCACAGCGAGAGACAUUCUCAUGGCGCCAGACAACUCGCUGAACCAGUUCGUCGGCUUGAAGAGAAUGGCUACUUUCAGAGACGCGGAGAAAAAGAGGAAGGACAAGAAGAGGCUCGGCAAGAAGGCUAGGCUGCGUGAGUGGCGUAAGGAGACAUUCGGCAACGAGGAUGGUCCAGAGAUCAUUAUUGCGCCUGAAGCUGCUGAGGCCAAGGAUGUGACUGAUGAUGUAGACAUUAUUGAGGGCAAGAAGAAGAAGAGGAGGUCGCGGAAGAGCAAGGCUGCAGAUGAGGAGAUUUAGUUUGAUAUCAGUAUGAGUAUGAGUAUAUGAAUCAAUUCAAGCCCGUCGAUUUCUUGACAGCCAUAAGUUAGCUGUGGGGUAUCGAAAUGGAGUUUCAGAUCCGUUUACUUCAAGAAACUAAAUUGUUUGUUAGAUUUCAUAAUCCGCAUACAGAAAUUUCUUGGGUUUAAACAUUUGCGCGUCUGCGACAGUACUGCACGUACAUGAUAUUCUCGUUGCUUUAAAACUCGCCAAGGUUAAGUAACAAACUGAUGAUUGGAAUUGAAGAGGCUAUUUAUGGGCUAAGUGGCGUUGCGUAUAACAAAUGUUGGAUUGAAGAGAUCCAACGCGGGAUAUGGUUAAAGCACCAAUCGUACGUACAGCGCAACCCCCACGACGACCCCCCCUCCAUUGCCUAUCAUAGCGGCUAAAUAUAAACCCGCCGCCGAAAGGCACAUAAAUGAGGGCUGAGAUCAACGGCUUCAUCCAAACGAAGGAAUCCAGCCAAAGCGGGUCAUAGUGUAAUCUAUUUUCAUUCCCAUCCAUCUGCUGGCACUCUCGCAUGGACCGCGGGCGCUUGCAUUGUGAGCUCCAGCCCUUGAAACCAGCAACAAUCUUGACAUAUUGACGGCGAGUAUUGGAUUAGGAAAAAGCUACCCUUGUUCCUGUCGAGCACGUCCGUUCCAACCAUCUAGCCCAUCAGCUGCCUCACGUCCUCCGGUGGCCACCUGACCUGUGCAAAGCUCAGGCAACGCUUGAUGCUCUGCAGGAAUUUGCGUGUCACCUCGUCGCCCAUGACAUGGCCCUUAUCGCUCUCGUGCAGCUUCUCGCGCGCUGACCGCUCGUGGAUACCCACCAUGGUGACACCGAUAGGCCAGGCUGCUUUGCCGAUACUAAGGGUGAGAUACCCGUCGUUGGCGUCCACGUAUCUGCGUUCCUGUGCCGCUUUGACAAUCUCAACGACUGGCUCGAGGAUGCCUAUAUCGAGAUCACCUUUCUCAAACUUCCGGAACAGCUGUUGGAUGUUAGCAUUUGUAGUAUAGGGCCAAGAGAGGGGUCAUACCGGCGUCAUGUUCUUCUUGCUCUGCGCCAUGGCGUUAUACGCCGCCUUGCUAGCAAACGUAUCCCUCUUGUCCUCCCUCAACAGCGCAUCCUCCCACUCCUUAAGCACCAUUGUAAAGUAGCUCGCCAACUGCCUAUACAGCCACUUCGUCGCCUCCACAUCCUCUGGCGGCGGCAUCUUGUGAACCUUCAUAUCCUUCUCGUCCACCAGCUUCAAACUCGUUGGUAUCGGCCCAGUGGUCAUCACUGUCGUAACCCUCCUAUACCGCCUAACCUUCUGUCUGUGAUUCUCCCCCGGCAAGCUCGUCGGCUCCCCAAUCUCCUCCAACAACUUCAGCACCUCCUCCUCCACAAUAUCGUCAUCGUCCACCGCCUCCUCCUUCUCCUUCUCCACCAGCUCAGGCAACCCCACUCUCUUCCGCCUCCUCGCUUCCUCCUCCUUCUCUUCCUUCUCCCUCCUUGCCUUGCUCUCCUCCGCCAGCCUCCUUCGCUUCUCCUCACGCUCCUCUUUCGCCUCCGCCUCCUCCUCCUCGCGCUUCCGCUUCUGCGUCUCGUGCGCCAAUCGCUCCUUCUCUAGUUGAUCUUGGUGCGCUGCGUAUGCCGCUUGCCGCUCGGCUUCCUCAUCGGCGCGUUUCUUGUAUUUCUUUCCGUCAGGGGUGGCGCUGGCGGGGGCCUUGGCCUUCGAGAUCUCCUUCGACAUUAGGGAUGCGAAAUCCAUGGUUGCGGUCGCUUUGGUGUAGUGACGCAAGAUCGCGAGGGGUGGGACCGGUUGCCAAUGCCGGAAUUAAUACGUAUUGUUGAUGUGUAGUAUUCGUAUCCAACUGUAGCUUGAACGGCGGACAGUAGUUGGUAUCGUAAAUGCUCAAGUGCACUCAGCGUGGGGUCAUUCACAAGUCGAUGUCGCACCGGUAUUUUAGUACGAGGCUGAUCAG